AUGGCCUCUGCAGACGCGCCUCUCCCUCUCCAUGCGCCACAGAAGCUCGCGCGCUAUCGAUCUGUCCGGGCCUCGCAUCCUUCUGCCCUGUCUUCUCAUCCUGUCUCCAAUAAUAAUGCUAGUGCUGCUGUCUCGACUGGCCCGGUGUCUGCCCAGAAUGCCUCCAUCAGCCGCAGCAUGUCGCGGUACCGCAGGACAACCCACGGCGUCCCUCCUCCACCGCUGCCGCUGCCCGCCCAGCUCGACUCCCAGCGCCCCAGCUACGACCUCGCCUCAUACGACCACCACCACCACCACUUCAACGAAGAAGAGGAAGAGGACGACGAAGAGGAUGCACAGCAGAAUGUCGGCUCUGGGCCCGCUAGCAGAAGAGUCUCCAUGCAAAACACCGCCAGGCCGCUGACGGGCGCCGCCGCGGCGGGUGCGGCAGCAAGACGCUCUCUCGACCGCAACUCGGCCAAGCGCCACUCCUCGUACUCCCAGCACCACCAGCAGCAGCAGUACUUUGACGGCAGAGAUAGUUAUGAUCGGCCGUCUCGCUCUUCAGGGCCGUACUUCGUGGUCGAGCCUGGCAUGGGGCCCAACACCUUCGACCAGCCUGCUGCUGCUCCCACGACGGCGACGACGACGACGAACAACAAGAAAAGCAAAGGAAAGCUGCUCAAGGAGAAAGGAGGUGGCUUGCUCGGCAGACUCAAGGGCGAAGAGCGUCUCAAGAAGAAGAAGGACAAGAUGGCUGCUGUCGACGGCGGCUAUAACACCGCCAGUAAUAAUGCUGCUGCUACUACCAACAUCUCCAGGUCCGGGGCUGGAGUCGACGCCCCCGUCUCGGCUGUCAACGCCGGCGAGAGGAGAGUGACCGUCACCUGCAACGAGGCCUCCAUCUGCCUGCCCGUCACCCCGUCCACCCAGGCCCAGGACCUCAUCUGCUCGGCCGCCAACUGUCUGGCCGAAGACAUCGUCCCCGAGGCCGCCAUCAUCGUCGAGUCCUUUGCCCAGCUCAACCUCGAGCGUCCCCUGCGCAGGUACGAGCAUGUCCGCGACGUCCUCAACUCCUGGAACUCAGACUCCCAGAACACCCUCAAGAUCAUCCCCGACCCGGACCCAAACAUCAUUCCGGCUCUGCUCGCCAAGUCUGCUCCCCGAAGACAGCCUCCCGACGUCUCCUUUAGCCUCUACCACUGCCAGCGGACGGGCAAAUGGGACAGACGAUGGGUCACCCUCCGCAUGGAUGGGCAGGUCACCGUCUCCAAGAAGCAGGGAAGCGCCGACAGCACCAAUAUCUGCCACAUCUCCGAUUUCGACAUUUAUACCCCGACCCGCAGGGAGUACAAGCGGCUCAAGCCCCCCAAGCCGCUCUGUUUCGCCAUCAAGAGCCAGCAAAAGUCCUCCAUGUUCCUCUCCACCGAGAACUUUGUGCAUUACUUCUGCACAAAGCACGAGGAGGUCGGCGGUGCAUGGCACAAUGCCGUCCAGGAGUGGAGGAGCUGGUACCUUGUCCAUGUCAUGGGCGAGGGCGCCAGAAAGAAGAAGAAGCAGCAGCCUGAUGCCGCUGAACUCAUAGAUGAUGAUAACAAUAAUACCCCGUACCAGCUAGGGUCCUUUCAAUCCCUAUCUAUUGAUCCUAACAUUGAAGAAGCCUACAACAAGCUUACCGGCAAACGGUCUCGACCUACCUCCUUCAGCCAUCAGACAGGCAAUCCUGCUGCUGCUGCUGCUGCUGCUCCCUUGGUCAACCAGGCAGUCAACAAGGAGCCAGUCAAGCCCAAACGGACCAAGAGCAAGUCCAAGAAGAAAACAGCGGCGGCAGCAGAUGACAGUCUCAGUGAGGAACAGCCCUUUGCGCCAACCGGCCUGCUGGGACGCACCUACACCCAACGACACAAGGCCAUGCUCGAUCGCGAAAAGGAGCAGCACGCCCAGCCCGACGAAGGCCCAUUCAUCUCUACCGGCCUGCUCUCCAACAUGCGUCACCAUCAGGGGCCAACCUCGCCGGUCUCAAACCACUUCCCGGACCAGCAGUACCCACACUACAACCACCCCAGCCGCUCCAACACCACUGCUGCUGCUGCUGCGGCUGCUGCCGACCCCAGACCAACAACUACCUCCUCCCGCUCCAAGUCUACCCGCCACCCGCCCAAGCCCCUGAUAGAUCUCACCCCGACAUACAAGGAGCCGCCCCAGCACGCUCGCAAGGGCCGCGGCGUGACUCCCAUCCAGGGCCUACCGCUCGUCGAAUCCGCCACGGGCCCGGACCUGCAUCCCAACGCCAUCGUCGUGCCUCCCUCAACCACCUGGCGCAAACCACGCACUUCCGAUCCGAGUCCUAACACCUCGCGUCACCGCUCAAGACAGAAUACCGGUGGUGCUGUUGGUGGUGCUGGUGGUGCUCCGCUGGUUGAUCUCAACGCUGCUGACCCAAUAGACCAGGGCCACGGCCACGGCCACAUGGCGAUGCCUGGCUCGUUCCCGUUUGCGCCUACGGGACUGGUAGCGCAGAGUCAGAAGCUGGCUGCCUCGCAGGGUGCAGCGAGAGGAGGACGCGGCGUCGCGACGGGCGAUAGGAAGAAGGCGGGUAAGCCGUUGCUGGACAUGAGCCAUGUUCCCAUGCCGGCACACUAUCAGCAUCCCCAAGCCGACUCCGACUGA